AUGCACUCCAACAACCCCAACCACUUCAACAACCCCAGCCACUCCUACAACCCCAACCACUCCAACAACCCCUACCAUUCCAACAACUCCAAUCACUUCAACAACCCCUUGCACUCCAAUAACCCCAUACACUCCAACAACCCCAACCACUCCAACAAAUCCAACAACCACAACCACUCCAACAACCCCUUGCACUCCAAUAACCACAUGCACUCCAAUAACCCCUUGCACUCCAAUAACCCCUUGCACUCCAAUAACCCCAUGCACUCCAACAACCCCAACCACUCCAACAACCCCAACCACUCCCACAACCCCAACCACUCCCACAACCAAAACCACUCCAUCAAUCCAAACCACUCCAACAACCCCAACCACUCCAUCAACCCCAACCACUCCAACAACCCCAGCCACUCCUACAACUCCAACCACCCCAAGCACUCCUACGACCACAAGCACUCCAACAACCCCAACCAAUCCAACAACCCCAACCGCUCCAGAACCUAUACAACCGAUACCACUUCAAUUGCCAUCCAACAAAACACAAAAAAAUGCUGCUGCUCCUACUAA